AUGUCCAAGGCGAUUGUUCGUACGAUAAAGAAUGUGGCCAACGGCUACUCAUCCGUGCAAAUUAUGGUUAGAAAUGCAACGUCGAACGAUCCAGCGGGCCCUACUUCGUUUGAUAUGGAAGAAAUAGCCUCUUAUACCUAUCAGAGCCAAACUGAUUUCUUGGAAAUUAUGGAUAUGUUGGACAGGCGUCUCAAUGACAAAGGGAAAAACUGGAGACAUAUCGCCAAGUCUUUGACGGUGUUGGACUACUUAGUGAGAUAUGGGUCGGAGAAAUGUGUUCUUUGGUGUAAAGACAACUUAUACAUUAUCAAGACUUUGCGGGAGUUUAUCCACAUAGACGAAUCCAAUAAUGAUCAGGGAGCAAUAAUCAGAGUCAAGGCAAAAGAGUUAGUUGCAUUAUUGAGGGACGAUGAAAGGUUGAGACAUGAAAGAGAACUUGCUGCUAGAUCCCAGAAUGGCCGUCUUGAUGAUACUGGUAGAAGAAGAAGAAGGAGAAACUCUCGUUCUAGAAAUGGAGAUGAUCCUUAUGAUGAUGAAUUGCAACAAGCUUUGGAAAUGUCCAGGCUCACUGCUGAAGAAGAGAGGAAUCGGAAUGCAGCCCCUACUAACAAUGAUUCUGAUCUCGAGCAAGCUCUAAAGUUGUCAUUAGAGGAAGAGGAAAUGAGGAGACAAAAACAGAACGAUAAUUUACUAGAUUUAAAUGAUACACAGCAACAACAACAACAGCCGCAAUACUAUAUGGCUACUGGGUACUAUCAGCAGCAGCAACCUCAGUACACUGUGGUGCCGCAACAAACUCAGCAGUAUGACAUGUUUGGAAAUCCUAUACAAAACCCUAUGAAUACCGGUUUGUACCAACAAUAUCAAAAUACUUAUCAACAACCAAAUCAGUUUACCGGUUUUAAUUUUGGACAGCCUCAACAGCAGGAGUUACAACAAGCUCAACCGCAACCUGAAUUACAGCCACUCAAGACCGGUACGAACAACCCUUUUGCGUUGCAUUCAGAAUCAAACUCUCAACCUGUGCACUCAAACACGCAAACUCUUAAUGAUCUUCAGUAUCAACAACAACAACAGCAACAACAACAACAGGCUCAACCCCAAUUCUUCACUCAACCGACGUCCCAACCGACAUCCCAACCACAACAGCUUAGACCCCAGACUACUUCUUCGUCAAAGUUUAAUGAUUCCACACACGCAGAUUUGAAUAAUCUUUUAUCGCAAGGUACUGGAAUUGAUACUUUUGGUAAUACUGGUGAUUCAAGAAUCCCUCAUCAACAUACAAGAACUCAAACCUUCAUAAACUCGAGUGGUACUGGAUUCAAGCAACAGGAUGAUACUAAACUAAAUACGACUACUACGGGUAAUCCUUUCUUGACUGGUGGAGGAGGAUACCAGACUCAAGCCCGUCAGGAGCCGGCUCACACAGGAUAUGGGUUCGGUAAUGCUCAUUCUCAAACACAGCAACGAACAGGUUAUGAUGGACCAAGCUUGAUAGAUAUUUGA